GAACUUUUGAGCACAUUCAGUUAAACAAACGAAUCAAAUCAUUGAGGUUUGCCCAAAUUUAUCUUCCUGAUUAAUUAUAUCACUUAUCUGAUUAUAAAUCCCUUUGUAUAAAUAUCCUCAUACCUCUCUCUUUUUAUUCUCACUCUUUUCCUAUAUCCUGUAUCAUUUUGUUUUUUUUCCUGCUGCAAUAUAUAUUAUCAUCUUUAAAUUACUCGACACAAUGGAUACCCAGAAUUUGAUCACUUUUGAUGAAGAUUAUCUCAAUCUUGCUUCAAAUUUUACCAGACCUAUUGAUUUUUAUGAGGACUUUUAUUAUAUCAGAAACAACAUGAACCUUUAUAACAAUACUGUUUGCACUGCAAAUUUUUCAAACAAAAUUCGCUAUCCUUUAUUAGUCAAAGUUUUAAGACAGUGUUUCUUGGACAAUUCUGCCUUAGUUUUAACUGUUGUUAAAUCACUUAAAAUCAACGAAAAUCAGCCAAGUUUUGCUCCUUUAAAAUUAAUUAGAUUGAAAGAUGUUGUUGAUAUCAAAUUCUCCUCCAUAAAUCAUAUCAAUGAUCAACUAUUAGCCGAAGUUGACAAAACCUUUUUUGACUUUAAUAACCGCACUCCCUUAUUCAAAUUGUAUCUCCUAAACAAUUUCCAUCAUUUGAUUUGUGCUGGUAACCAUAUCAUCUUUGAUGGUGGCUCUCAUCUUUUAUUAUUCAGGGAAAUCUUGACGAAUUUAAUAAAAUUUGAUGCCGAUUCUCUGAAUUCUACCAAUUCGCAAAAAAAUUCCGAUUCCAAUCCAAACACAAAAUCCAGUUCCGAUCCCAGUUCCGAUUCCGACUUCGACUUCAAUUCUUAUAAAGAUGAAAUCCUCUUUGAUUUAUCAAAUGACCAUAUUUUUCUCAAAAAUAUGCCCCUAGGUCUUGACACUGCAAUUGAAGAUUGCAACUCUCCCAUUUUCUUUGCUGUAAAGGAUCUAUUCAAAUACUUUGCACCAAAAAAUCUAAGAGAUUAUAAAAUCUUUGGUGGUCCAGUUCCUAAUUCUUGGACUGGUUAUACCCUCGCCCAACCGGUUCCAAAAAAUCAAAUCAUCUUUAAACUAAAACGCCUAGAUCCUAAAGUUGUUGAAACUAUUAAAAUCAAUUGCAGAAAGAAUAGCGUCACCAUCACUCCCUUCAUAGAAAUCGCCUUUUAUUUGAUUUUAAACAAACACCUUCAAUCAAAUAUCAAAAGUGGUAUCGUCAAAAAAGACGAUAUCGGCUAUCAUUAUGACUCCUUUAGAACUUUCUUAGCAAUGGAUGCCAGAAGAUUUUAUAUGAACAAAAAUUUAGUCCAAAAUCCGGAUAACGCUUGGGGUUGUUAUGCCUUGCAAGUUGAUUACUUGGUUCAAACUGAUCAAUUUAUUAAAAAUGAUAACAAAUUUAAUUGGGAUUAUGUUAAACAAUCAAAUGACAAAGUAAGAGAAAUUUGCAAAGGAAGAGAUCCAGUAAAUCAUAUGGCUAUAAUGAAAUUCACAAAAAGAGAAAAUGUCUUCAAAACCGGUUUAGGAAGACCGAGAGAGAGCACUCUUCAGAUAUCAAAUGUUGGUUUGGUGGACUUUGAUAAAUACAUUACAAGCACUGCUCUUAAAAAUGACAACAACUGGAGAAUAGAUGAUAUGGCAGGCAGCCAAAGUCUUGGUUCAACUAGAUGCAAUCUUAAACUAAGUAUCAUUACAACUAAAGACAGUGGAAUGUGUUUGCAAUUUUCUGCUAUUAGAGAUGAUAAGAUCUCUUAUGAAAAUAUCAUCGAAGAGUGUGUUGACUUUUUAAAAUCUGAAAAGUACUGUGUCUAACAGAAAUAUGACACACAACUUUAAAUAAAUUAUAGAAUUCUUUUGAAUAUAGAUAAUAUACAACAACUAAUAGAUGAGAAAUAAAUAAUGAAUACGCUAAACUUUAAAAUCUCAUCUUUUUCCCAACAAAUUUAUUUAAAUAUGCACUUCUUUAUUAAGAUGUCUUGAAUGUAGAAAGUCAUAAUACAAUAUCAACACCAAUAUCAAUAUCAACGCC